CUCCACUCUGCUGACUGACUAGUGACUACUCUAUAAAUCCACAUUUUACUUCUUCUUUCCUGAGUAAAGUUCUAGUUGAUAGCCAAACACCUAUCAACAUGGCUAUAAGACCCGUAUAUCGUCCCAAGAUCGUCAAAAAGAGGACCAAGAGGUUCAUCAGACAUCAGAGUGAUCGUUACAUCAAGUUGAGGAAAAGCUGGAGGAAGCCCAAGGGUAUUGACAACAGAGUGAGGAGAAGGUUCAAGGGUCAGUAUUUGAUGCCCUCCAUUGGUUACGGAAGCAACAAGAAGACGAAACACAUGUUGCCCACCGGCUUCCGCAAAGUCUUGGUUCACAAUGUCAAGGAGCUUGAAGUACUGAUGAUGCAGAACCGCAAGUACUGCGCAGAGAUCGCGCACGCUGUGUCGUCCAAGAAGCGCAAGGCUAUUGUGGAGCGAGCACAGCAACUGUCGAUCAGAGUAACCAAUGCCAACGCCCGACUCCGCAGUGAGGAGAAUGAAUAAACAAAAUAAUAAAUUGUUUUUUAUUUAUA